AUGUGUCAAUAUGAAAUUAUUUAUUAUCAUUCAAAUCAUUCAUCUUUAUAUGAAAUAAUUCGUGAUUAUUAUCUUUUAUAUGAAUAUAAUUCUACUAAUUUCACCUGUUAUACUCAUUUACAAUGUAAUCGUGGUCCUUUUCCAGCAUGUUUAGAUUGGAGUGAAAUAUGUGAUGGGCAAGUGCAUUGUCUCGAUGGUGAUUUUGAUGAAGAACAUUGUUGA